CGCCGUCUGUUCAACAGUCAUCCUUCCUAUCUCACAUCUAUUGGGAUAUCAUCACGAUCACGCCAGUGGGCUACAACGGCGCCAAGUUCCUGCUGCAUUUAAUUGACUAUCACACCAACUACCACUGGGUGAAGUCGGUGGCGGCGAAGUCUGAGGCUGCCACGAAAAUCAAGGAUUGGACAGCCGCUGUCGAGAAUACCUCUGGAGGCUUCAAAGUUCAGGUCUUUCAUUACGACAACGCACCCGAAUUCCUCAUUGAUAGCCUGGUCAACUGGGCCAAGGCAAAGGGUAUUAUCGUCAAGACAGGCGCCCCUUACGUGUCUGCCCACCAGGGCAAGGUUGAGCGUGCCGGCCGCACUCUGAUGGACUCGGCACGGGCUGAUUGCAUUGACGCUGACAUUCCUCAACACUUGUGGCCCUUGGCAAUUGAACAUGCGGCCUAUAUCACGAACCACAUGCCGACAGCGGCCAACGAUGAUUCGGAGCCGCCGAUCAAGAAGAUGUUCGACAUCAUAGGUCUUAACUACCAAUACGACCUGCGAGCCAUCCGCACCUGGGGAUGCACAGCCUACGUGCGCAUUCCAAAGGAACGGCGCAAGGCGUCAGAAAAGCUAGCUCCGCGCGCCUGGAAAGGACGCCUCGUGGGCAUUGAAGGCGUACAUGCCCGUAUCUUCAAGAUCUGGAUACCCAGCCUCAAGCGCAUUGUUCGGGCCCGCGAUGCACGAUUUAUCGAGUUCACGCCGUCGACAAGGGAUAUCGAAGACUUCGAAUUCGAAGCCACCCUUGUUGACCCAGAAAUAGUGGAAGAAGGCCGCAUGGUCUUCACGAACGAGGAUAUCCACACGUCUGAACCUACGACUCACCCAGUCCCCGAGGAAUCACCACAAGGCGAGGACCACACUCCCCAAGCAGACAGCCAGACUAACGAUGUCACGCCUCGGCUGUCAACAAAAACUUCACCUAAGGACAGAGAGCCUUGUGCUCCUAUGACCCCAGAGCCAACGCCUGCUGCCGACAGCGAUCCAGAUGAGGAUGAGAUUGCCCGCAUGCUGGAGGAUCAAUUGCUUGCCAACCCACCCGACCAGCAGGAUGAUCAUGAUAAUGGACCAAGAAUGCCUGGAGCCUUUGACGAAGAAAAGGCACCUCUACGUCGCUCAGGCAGAAGGACCGAGCGCGUUGAUUACAAGCAAUUGCACACCACAGGCAAGCGCAGAGGUUUCAUGGCCAUAGACCUUUAUCGAGACCGAGACGUCGAGGUUCCAGGGUUGCGUAUGUUCUGCUUGUCAGCCAUCAAGGCUGGCCAGAUAUCCCUGCUGGCAUCAACAGAUAUGCCCAAGAAUUGGCACCAGGCUAUCAAGCGUUCCGACUACGACAAGGUCAUUCGACCGGCCGAACAGCGGGAGCUUGAUGCAAUGGCACUGCGAGGCGUGUUCACUAUGGUGAAUCGCCCUAAAUCGCCAGUAAUUCCAACACGAUGGGUUUAUACGAAGAAAACACCCGUCGACGCCGAACCUUUCAUCAAGGCACGCCUUGUCGCUCGUGGGGACAUGGAACGCGGAGAGCAUUAUGCUCUGAUCACGGUUUACGCGGCAGUUGCACACAUGGUGUCAGUCAGGAUCUUCUGCACCUAUGUCGCGAUCAUUGACGACGAAUGGUUCCAAGUCGACUUCGUCACAGCUUUCUUGCACGCCGGGGCCAAGCGGCCUAUAUUCAUUGAACAACCUCAGGGACACUCAGACGGCACAGACCGGGUCCUUCGGGUCAACCAGGCUAUCUAUGGCCUGCGUGAGGCUCCAUUGUGGUGGUUCGAAUGCCUCACCAAAGAACUCAAGAAGUUAGGGUUCAAGCCCCUUGACACAGAGUUAUGUAUCUUCAUCCGCGAUGAUGGAGUGAAGCUCCUUGUUUAUGUGGAUGACAUGAUCAUCGCAGCCCCUCACAAGUCACUUAUCGAGGAAGUCCUCGUCGCCCUGGAAGGCAUCUUCAAUAUGAAGCGCAUUGGAGAGGUCAAGCAGUUCCUCGGCCUUCAAUUCACCCGCAACAGGAACAACCGCACCAUCUUUAUCCACCAGACCACCUACACCGAGGGAUUGAUGGCGAAGUUCGCUGAUCCUGGAAUACACUCAGCACAGACUCCCUGGCCCCCGAAGACCACCCUUCCAUCUAACUGGAAGUCACUUCCUAACAUCAUGCAGCCGAAACAGUGGCUUAAGCGCACCGGCAGCCUGAAUUGGUUGUCUAUUGGUACCCGCCCUGACAUCGCAUACACGGUCAACAAGCUAUGCGAGGCCAACAAUGGCCCAAAGGAAGUUCACGGUACGAUCUUCAAGCAUCUAUCACGGUAUCUCAACGGCACAAAGAACAUGGGCAUUACGCUCGGAGGCAAGUAUGAUCCCCGCGACUUAAAGCUUCGUGUGUUCGCGGAUGCAUCCUUCGCAGAUGAUCCCUGUGACCGCAUUUCCACGGCAGGAUUUGUGGUAUACCUUGCAAAUGGUCCUGUUAUGUGGAAAUCAAAGAAGCAGAGUCUGGUGACAUUGUCAUCGACUGAGGCAGAGUUCAUCAACCUAACCCCAGCCGGCCAGGCUGCUAUCUGGGUUCGAGAUGUGCUUCACGAUCUCGGCGCGGCUCAACAGGUGACCCCAAUGCUCC